AUGUCUUCAUCAUCAUCAGCAGCUGUUAAUGAUUACUUGAGAGAUGAAGAUCUGACACAAGAAACAAGAGAUCUGAUCUCUUCUUUUCCAAGCGAGAAAGAUUUUGAUUUCUCCAAGUUGCCCUCUCCAAGACUCAUGAACACGCACAUACCGCUUCUUUCCUUACCCGAGUCUGUUAAGAGCUCUUCUUGUAAGAUUGUGUACUGUUGUAGGAACCCUAAGGACAUGUUUGUGUCCUUAUGGCAUUUUGGAAAGAAACUUGCUCCUGAAGAAACCGCUGAUUAUCCUAUUGAAAAAGCGGUUGAAGCGUUUUGUGAAGGGAAGUUUAUAGGUGGACCCUUUUGGGAUCAUGUGUUAAAGUAUUGGUAUGCGAGCCUCGAGAAUCCGAACAAGGUCUUGUUUGUUACUUAUGAGGAGCUGAAGAAGGAGACCGGAGAUACAAUCAAGAGAAUAGCUGAGUUCUUGGGAUGUGGUUUUGUUGGAGAAGAGGAAGUGAGAGGGAUUGUGAAGGUUUAG